UUCACUGUAUCACUCGACAAAAGAUUAGCUGCUGAUGGUAGAGGAUUACAACAGACCCAUAUCAACGAAGGCUUCGCAAAACUUUCUGAAGCAUUGUACAUCGCUGACAGGAAGGCUAGGGAGUCUGUAGAAGCAAGAGCGCAGUUGGAGAAGAGGGUUGCUCAACAUAAGAAACUCGAACAGGAAGCUCGCAUGCGUGAAAUGGCCGCAAAAGCGCGACAGGAACGCGCUGGUAUCAGGAAAAGAGAUGAGGAUGAGGAUGAAGCUGUCAAAGCACGAGAGGAAGUUAGACGUGAUCGUCUCGAUGAUAUUCGCAAGGAGAGGAAUAUUGCGCGCAAUAGACCUGAUAAGGUCGAUAAGUUGAUGCGGGACCGCGAUCGCGAUAUUUCCGAGAAAAUUGUACUUGGUUUACCAGAUGCUAAAGUUCGAUCUAGUGAGACACAGUUUGAUCAGAGGCUUUUCGAUCAAAAUAAGGGACUGGACAGUGGAGCCAUGGAUGACGAAACCUACAAUCCUUACGACAAGGCGUGGCGUGGUGGUGAUAAUGUUCAGCAGCACAUAUACCGGCCAAGUAAAAAUAUCGACAAGGACGUAUAUGGUGACGAUCUCGAUAAAAUUAUCAAUACGCAGCGCUUUGUUCCUGACAAAGGUUUCUCCGGAGCAGAAGGCAGCUCUCGAGGAUCUGGGCCAGUU